UCUCUCUCUCUCUCUUCAAUGCUUGAAUUUGCACAUGUGGUUGGUGCAGCUGCAGCAAUCAGCUCAGAGAUCAUGUGCUAGACGGAUAAGGUUCUCCAGAUAUUUUCUCCGAAGAAAAGUUUAAGGGCUCUGGUUGAUAUAUUGAUCGAUAUUUUCUGGACCCACAUUCCGCCUCUCUCCUUUGAUUUUUGAAAUAAAUUGCCCUUUCCUUUCCCCGAUCUCUCCAAGCUCAAGAACAAAAGAGUAGGUACAGAGAGAAUCAUAUCAUCGUCAUCUUCAUCAUCGUCGGAGAAAUGGAGAAUUGUAAUUGCAGGAAGGUGAGGCCAAACAGGAGCGACGCUCACCUGUCGAUGGAGGCAGAGACCAAAAUCGAGGAGGAGACGAGAGAGUACUUUGACGGCGUCGUUCCCAAGCGCCAUACCAAGCCUCAGCGCAGCGAGUACUCUUCCAAUUACGCCGACGCUCUCUCCAAUUGCAAUCAAAUUCCCGAAUAUGACGAAUUCCAACGCCUCGAAAGUGAUCCCAAGAAACUAGUUUACAGCGGAAGCGAAACGCCGGAGGAAUUCGUGGAGACGGAGUACUACAAGGAUCUCAACUGCAUUGACAAGCAACACCACACGACGGGAACAGGGUUCAUCAAGAUGGAGAAUGCCAACGGGAAAUGCUUCAGCCUGGCGCCGGAUUCUGCCACCGGCUGCCACGGCUCCGGCAGGGGAAACCCGGCCACCAACGAUUGGAUUCCGGUCACCGCCGAUUUGGGAACUGUUGUUUCUGACAAACCCAAGAGGAGUGACAAUUGAAAAGCCAUGGAUGGAAAGCUAGAUUUUGCACAUCUGCUGUGCAUUCUCUAUUAGUUACUUUCUAUGGAGUUCUCAGUGUUUGAAAUUAAGCGUAACACUAGUUUGAAAUAAAUUAAGCUAGAUUGUUUGUGUUUUGUGGGUUUCUUAGUUAUGUUUUAGCUCUAGUUUUCCAAAGUACUUUGGUAAUGUUUGUGUAUGAAUUUUGAGAUUUUAUUAGAAUUGGAUGUGUAGAUUUUGAUAAAA